UGAAGGCAUCACUAUUCGUCUUUAUUUGGAGACACAUUUGAGAUGACUUCUAUAAGGGCUGGCUUCUUCAGUAUGGAGCGGAUUGCAACACAACUUUCCAAACGUUUACAGCAGUGUGAGACAAGGAAGGCGUGUCCUCCUUAUCUGUGAUAUAUACAUUUUCUUGGUGAUGUGACAGCGGCUCAUCAGUGGACCUCAUACUCUUUACCUGAGCACUUACACCUUACCUUACCUUAUGGAACAUGGACUCUUUGGGUCCGCCACAGACAAUGGAGACUCAGAACAACGGGAAAGUCAGAGAAAGCCAAGCCAGCCCAGCACAUUCAACUCUAGACCUUAUCAAUGAGGAGAAGAUGGAGGCAGACCCUUGGGAUAUGCCAGAACUGAAUGACACUGGAGUCCCCUGGUCAGCUCUGGACACCAAAGGUAAAGUCCUGAGGGUGGUGCUGUCUGUUGGGAAACUCUGCCUGUUACUUGGAUUUCUCUACACGUUCAUCUGCUCAUUGGACGUCCUCAGCUCCGCCUUCCAGCUGGUUGGAGGAAAAGCAGCGGGAGACAUUUUACAAGACAACAGUGUGCUGUCCAACCCGCUGGCCGGGCUGGUGAUCGGUGUUUUGGUGACCCUUCUUGUCCAGAGUUCAUCCACCUCCUCGUCCAUAGUCGUCAGUAUGGUUUCCUCGGGAUUGCUCACAGUCCAGCUGGCGGUUCCUAUUAUUAUGGGGACCAACAUUGGCACUUCAGUCACCAACACACUGGUGGCUAUGACGCAGGCCGGGGAGCGCAGCACAUUCCGGAGAGCUUUUGCCGGAGCCACCGUCCAUGACUUCUUCAACUGGCUCUCGGUGCUGGUGCUGCUGCCGCUGGAGGUGGCCACGGGGUAUCUGUAUGUGGUCACAAAACUCAUCAUCGACUCCUUCAAUAUUCAGAGCGGAGAGGCGCCGGACCUGCUGAACGUCAUUACAGACGUGCUCACAGAAUCCAUUAUUCAGCUCGAUGAGACAGUGAUCAGUCAAAUCGCCACCGGAGACCCAGACGCAAGAAACAAAAGUCUCAUCAAGACAUGGUGCAAAACUUUUACCAACACAACGUUGAUGAAUGUGACAGUUCCUGGUCCUGAAAACUGCACUUCUCCGACUCUCUGUUGGUUUGAUGGGAAUCAGACAAUAACCUUGAAGAACGUGUCUGUCACUACCAACGUGGAAAAAUGUAAACACCUCUUCGUGGACGUCCCUCUGUCCGACCUGGCUGUGGGUCUGAUCCUCCUCGCUCUGUCCCUCCUCGUGCUCUGCUCAUGCCUCAUCCUCAUCGUCAAACUGCUCAACUCGAUGCUGAAGGGGCAGGUGGCGUCCGUCAUAAAGAAGAUCCUCAACACUGAUUUUCCGUUUCCCUUCGGCUGGGUUGUGGGAUACAUCGCCAUUUUGGUCGGAGCCGGAAUGACAUUUGUGGUGCAGAGCAGUUCAGUGUUCACAUCUGCAAUUACUCCACUUGUUGGUAUCGGUGUGAUCAGCAUAGAACGAGCUUAUCCACUGUCACUUGGAUCGAACAUCGGCACCACCACGACAGCGAUCCUGGCGGCUAUGGCCAGUCCAGGAGACACUCUGGCCAACGCAUUACAGAUUGCGCUUGUGCAUUUCUUGUUCAACAUCACUGGCAUCGCCCUGUGGUACCCGAUACCCUUCACCAGAGUCCCCAUCCGCCUCGCCAAAAGCCUGGGCAGCAUCACGGCGAAGUACCGCUGGUUCGCCGCAGUCUACAUCAUCUGCUGCUUCUUCGUUCUGCCCUUGUUCGUCUUCGGGCUUUCCGUGGCAGGUUGGCAGGUCCUCGUGGGGGUGGGGGCGCCGCUGCUCGCUCUCCUGAUCAUCAUUGUGAUAAUCAAUGUGCUGCAAAAGCGUAAACCCGCAUGUCUGCCGCCGGCCCUGAGGAGCUGGGACUUCCUGCCUCUGUGGGCCCACUCCCUCGCGCCCUGGGACAAAGUGGUGGACGUGUUUAUCACCAAGUGCUGCUGCUGCUGUAAAUGCUGCCGGCUCCCCGCGGAUCAGGAGACACAAGAAGAGCAGCAGAAGAGUCACAAAGAGGCUUACGACAACCCCGCCAUGGAGCCGGAGCGAGAGCUGGAGAAGGAGAGCGACAGGCAGACUGAUAAAAUAGAGCUCAAGAUUCUCAACAUGACCAGGCUUUGACAUUUCUCACACAAAUCUCAUACUUUUAAAGACUGAGCGCUGGAAUGUAUCUAAGUACAAGUGUGUCUGUACUUUACUUGAGUACAUUUUAAAGAGGAUCAUUUUUACUUCACUACAUUUGAGAGCAGUAUCUGUACUUU